AUGUCGACGGAUGGUACCCUUACAGAAACACAUGAUGCCUUCCAGAUAAAUGCUACAAAUAGCCCAGACUCGGAAAAAAAAAUUCAAAGAGAAGUUAUCCCGGAAUGGAAAAAGAGUAAGGCCCCUGAUGGUGGACUGGCUGCUUGGUCUGUGGUCCUAGGAUCAUGGUGUGUGCUAUUCUGCACCUUUGGAUGGAUCAACAGUGUUGGAGUUUUCCAGAAUUACUACAAGUCGACUCUACUGAGCCAGUAUUCGGCUAGCACAAUUGCUUGGAUUCCAUCCUUGCAGAUAUUCUUCAUGUACGCCAUGGGCCCUGUGUCCGGACAUUUGUACGACAACUAUGGACCCCGUUAUUCAGUCCUAUUCGGAUCGCUUCUUCACGUUUUCGGUCUGAUGAUGUGUUCUAUCUCGACGAAAUACUAUCAAAUAUUGCUCUCACAAGGUGUAUGUAGCGCUAUUGGGGUCUCAAUCAUCUUCCAACCCGCGACCAGUGUCAUUCCAGGUUGGUUUGACAAGAAACGUGGCACAGCUUACGGCCUAAUGUCCACCGGGUCUAGUGUUGGGGGCGUAAUCUUUCCAAUCAUGAUACAACGGUUGAUUCUGGAAGUGGGAUUUGCGUGGGCGAUGCGUGCUGGAGCUUUUGUGAUCUUGUUUCUGCUUACCAUCGCUAACUUGACAAUCCAAUCCCGUUUACCUCCGUCACCACGACCUGUGUCACGGGCUGUGUUAACACAACCAUUGAAAGAGACGAAGAUGCUGCUUGUUAUCGCAGGGUUUACUCUGCUGACCUUUGGAGUUUAUAUCCCCAUUGAUUACCUGGUCGUUGAGGGACUCGCGAGUGGCAUCAGUACCAACCUUUCUCAGUACUUGCUGGCGAUACUGAAUGCUGGAAGCUUCUUUGGCCGCCUUGGAGCUGGCAUGAUGGCUGACCGAAUUGGGACAUACAAUGUGUUCGCCGUGGUAUGCUAUCUAGCUGGAAUAUUUAUUCUUGCCAUUUGGAUCCCUGCCACCAGCGCCGCGGGGACUAUUGUAUUCGCCGUUCUUUUUGGAUGUUGCUCAGGCGCAUAUGUCUCGCUAGCAGCAGCGCUUGUGGUCAAGAUAUCACCCUUGCCGCAGAUCGGGUACCGAGUAGGCUUGAUUUUCCUCUUCGCUUCCAUAGGCGGAUUAACGACCAAUCCUAUUGCUGGUGCUAUUCUAUCUCAUGACAACGGGUCCUAUCUUGGAAUGAAAGUGUUUGCUGGAGUUCUUCUGCUGGCUGGGACAACCUGUGUUUUCGGGACUCGAUUGCUGCACACCGGAUUCAAAUUGGUUGCGAAAUUCUGA